AAGUUUGGUUGUUGGACUUGUAAAUUCAUAAAAAUUGAAUGUUUGUAUUGUAAAUAUUCCUUAAUACAAUAUAAAAUGAGGUAGAGGUAGAGGUAGAGAGAACCAGAGACGUCGCACGAAAGCUAUUGCAGACCAUCAAUGGCGGAGACGGUUGCCCCCCAUCUUCUGGUAAUCCCGUUCCCAUCACAAGGUCACCUUCUUCCUCUCCUCGAUCUCUGCCACCUCCUCUCCACCCGCGGUAACCUAACCAUCACCAUCGUCGUCACUCCCGGCAAUCUUCCCAUCCUCUCCCCACUCCUCUCCUCCUCUCCUUCCAUCUCCCCUUUACUUCUUCCAUUCCCUUCUUCCCCUGAUUUACCCCUCGCCGCAGAGAACACCAACCAAGUUCCCCCAAAUCUCAUCCGCCGAUUCAUUCCCGCCCUUUCCUCUCUUCUUCAACCCAUCCUCCAAUGGUCCCAAUCCAACCCUAACCCCCCGAUCGCUAUCCUCUCCGAUUUCUUCACCGCUGGGUGGACGCUUCGUCUCGCCGAAAUCCUCUCCAUCCCCCGCCUCUCUUUCUCCCCUUCUGGAGCAUUUGGUCUAGCAACCAUCCAUCAUCUAUGGCGCGAGAUGCCGCCUAAUUCCGACGCCAGUCUCAUCAUCCCUUUCCCCUCCCUCCCCAACUCCCCUUCCUUCCCCCUUUCCCAACUCUCCAGUCUCUACCGCAGCUACAGAACCGGCGAUUCCGUCUCCGAAUCAAUCAAGGAAAAUUUUCUAUCGGACAUUCAAAGCUGGGGAUUCGUCGUCAACACGUUCUCAGACCUCGAAGGCAGCUAUAUCGAACACCUAAUGAAUCAUGUUUCGGGGCAUCGGCAGCGACUAUGGGCCGUGGGGCCGCUCGUCGCUUCAGCGAUUGAGCGGAAGAG